GGGAAAUUCUCUGUUUUAAUGUAGGGGUCAAAGUUCUUACAAAUGCUCUAGAUUGUCGCUCUUUGAUUUUGAAGAAAAUCCUGUUUCAGUCAUUUCUCGUGUUUGUUUCAGCUCUUAUAAGCAGAUCAAAACCUGCCAGAGGUCCAAUACCCAGCAUAAUGAACUGGUGUUGCUCAUUAUACGACAUAAUGAGCAACACCAGCUCAUAAUUAGGUCGUAUUGCAAGAUCACGGCCUGAUCUGUUAAUACUCGUAUUGUUCUGCAGCAGAAUGUUUGUAACACUCUGCUGCAGGACAAACUGCAACCACAAUGCCAAAUAAAAGCUACAUUGACAAACUGCUGUCUUCAUUCAACCUGCAGCAUGAAUAGUCUUUAUUCACGGAGUGAAAACAUGACGACUUGAACAUGAACCUUCUUGUUUGGACAGGAUGAGCGUCCCCAGUAUUCAUCCCUAAUCCCUGCAGACAUACCAUGUACAUGAAACCACACACACACACACACACACACACACACACACACUCUUUGUUCAAUAGGUGGAGGCUCCCUCUUUUUUCUUUCUUUUUUUUUAAUGCACAGAGUGGGCGGAGUGAUUUUUACAGGAAGACUUGAUCCCACAUGCUUCAAAUUCCCUGCACAUUUGUUUUCAGCUGUGCUGCCGCAGAGGCCCUCUUGCCUCCAGCUUCUUCCCAGGAUGCUGCUGCUGUGGAUUUGCAUCUGUAUCGGUCCUCUGGUUCAGGUCCAGGGAGGUCUGGUUGUUUCCAGGAGAGAUGGCCUGAGACAGGAUGCCAGAGAAGUUACAGGAUCCAGUUCAAUAAAGAAAAGAAGUGCAGACAGGAAACAUGUGGAAGUGAACAGUGUAAGAGUUGCCUGCACGGUGACGUCCCGCUUCGCCCGCACCGUCGUGACCUCCAAGGCUCUGAACGCGGCAAACGCCUCCCAGGAAAUCGGCUUUGAAAUGGAUCUGCCGAAGACCGCCUUCAUCACCAGCUUCAGCAUGGAGAUGGACGGUCACGUCUACGCUGGAGAGGUGAAGGAGAAGGAGAAAGCCAAAAAGCAAUAUGAAAAGGCUGUCUCCAAAGGGCAAUCUGCUGGACUUGUCAAGGUCUCUGGGAGAACGAUGGAGCAGUUUUCCAUGUCCGUCAACGUUGCUGCGAAGAGCAGCGUGACUUUUGUUCUGAUCUACGAGGAACUGCUUCAGCGGACACUGGGCCAAUACGAGAUUGUGACCCGAGUUAAAGUGGAACAGCCUGUGCAGGAGUUUCAGAUUACAGCGGACAUCUACGAGCCACAGGGCAUUGCUUUUGUUGAAGCUACGGCAACUUUCCUCACCAAUGAGCUGCUGAAUCUUGUUGAGAAAACCACCACAGACACAAAGGCACACAUCUCUUUCUCACCAACAGCGGAGCAGCAGAGGUGUGCCCAGUGUCCACAAGGCUUGAUUAAUGGAGAUUUCAUCAUCAAAUACGACGUGAAGAGAGAAAAAGGCUUUGGGGAAAUUCAGGUUGUGAAUGGAUACUUUGUGCACUUUUUCUCCCCCCCUGACUUGGCCAGAGUCCCAAAGAAUGUGGUGUUUGUAAUUGACAGGAGUAUAUCAAUGGAAGGAAAGAAAAUGGCUCAGACUCGGGAUGCGAUGGUGUCCAUUCUGAAAGACCUCCACGAAGAUGACCACUUCGGUAUCAUCCAGUUUGAUGACAGCAUCAGUAACUGGAAGGAGCAUCUCACCAGAGCAACAGAGGAAAACAUUUCAGCAGCCAGCCAUUUUGUCAGGAGCAUCAAAGCACGUGGAGCUACGGACAUUAAUGCUGCUGUGUUGAGUGCAGUGAACAUGCUGAAGAGAAAAAGGCAGAACGAUAACGUUCCAGAGAGAAGCGUGGACAUGAUCAUUUUACUGACUGACGGGAAUCCAAGCUUUGGAGAGACUAGUGCUGAGAAGAUCCAGGAGAAAGUCCGCUUGGCCAAUGCAGGGGCCAUGUCUCUGUUCUCCCUGGGGUUCGGUAACGAUGUGGAUUACUCGCUCCUGGAUGUGCUGAGCAGGGAAAACAAGGGAAUUGCCAGGAGAAUCUUUGAGGGUUCAGAUGCUGUGGUCCAACUCAAAGGUUUCUACGAGGAAGUGUCCAACGUUCUUCUUUCAGAGGUGGACCUGCGUUAUCCUGACAAUGCAGUGAGCGCUUUGACUAAAAACCGAUACAGCCAACUCUUCAGCGGCUCAGAAAUUGUGGUGGCAGGACGGCUGAAUGAAAACGACGUGGAGAACAUUCUGGUUGAGGUGUCUGGCCAAGGGGCUGAAGGGGACCUCCACAAACAGUGGAAGGCAGAUGUGGUGAGCUGGGAUGUGGUGUACCCAGACAAGGAGUACGUCUUUGGUGAUUUCACUGAGCGUUUGUGGGCUUAUCUCACCAUCCAACAGCUGCUGGAGAAGAGUGAUAUUAGUCCUCAGUCGGAAAAAGAUGAAGCCAUAGCCAGGGCUCUGAACAUCUCUCUGCAGUACAGCUUCGUCACGCCUCUCACCUCCAUGGUGGUGACCAAGCCUGAAACCGAGGACACAGGAAGGAGUCCCUCCAUUGCUGAUAAACUGACUGAAGACCAGCGUCAACAGGCGGAAAGAAAUCGAGGCCCUACUGCUGCCAGUCGUACCAGAGCUCGAGGUGUGGGGGACGUGGACGGAGAUCCUCAUUUCAUAAUUGAGCUGCCAGACAGAGAGGACGCUCUGUGCUUCAAUAUAAACGACAGACCGGGAACCGUUUACAAUCUAGUCAGAGACCAGAAAUCAGGUUUUGUAGUGAAUGGCCAGAUUGUUUCCAAGAAGACAUUUACCCCUCAAGCCAAGAACAACACAUACUUUGGUCGUUUUGCUGUCACCCACAGAAAGCUGGGGCUGCAGCUGGACGUGAGCACUGACCAUAUAUCAGUUUUCCACAAUGGCAAGCAUGUUAGGUUGCAGUGGUCUGAUACGACCUCCGUGAAAGAUGACAGUUUGGACAUUAGACUGACUAACAGCUGCAGUCUGACUGUAUCGCUGCGGCACACAGUUAAAUUUAGGAUCAUCAGACACACAAAGAUUUGGAAGAAAUACCACGACCAACAAGACUAUCUGGGUUUCUACACCCUGGACAGUCACCACUUAUCUUCCUCAGUUCAUGGACUUCUUGGUCAGUUCUACCAUGGAGUUGAGUUUGAGGUGACAGAUUCGCAUCCAGGAGAAGUGGAGGGAAAUUCAAAUGCGAUAAUGUACAUAAAAGGCCAAACCAUCAAUGUGACCAGGCACUGGGAGAAGGAUUUCAGCAGGGAUGUGAAAGCGGGAAAGAACGUCCUCUGCUGGUUCGCGAACGAUGACGGACACGGCCUCAUCGACGGAUCAGCGUCAGACUACACUGUGCCUCACCUUUUCACUUUUUAAAUCUUAGAAACUCACCAUAUCUGCAACAUGUAACAUCAUUGGUCUAAGGUGGUAAAAUACUGUGGGUUUUGAAUUUUCAGUUGUAAAUCAUUAUGCAAUUAAAACUUCUUUGUAAGCUGUGCUGCAGAUCGCUGCAACAUAAGUUAUGCACUAUUGUCUAAUGCUAACGUUUACUGAUUUGUUUGUUUAGAAGUGUUUGUGCCUGGUUUAAACUUUUUGCUCAUGAGGCAUUCAGUGGUAGUCAUCUUUGGAAAGAAACUAACUAUUGGCUUUGCGCAGUGUUUUUUACCUCUUUGGUAAAACCAUAAGCUUCACAUAGCUCACAGGGACUCUGUCGUCACUAUUCCCUUUCUGUUAACAAAUAAAAGUCUUCAGAGUGUGGAA